UAUCGAUUCCUGCUGCCCACCACACCCAUUGAUCGAUCUGUUUUCUCCACACCCAGCAGCACAAACACACAACGACUUACAUAGAUGCAGUGGUGAGCUAGGGGGCUUUAUCGAUGUCAGUGGUGAGCGCCACGCAUGGCGUGCUGGGUCCGCUGCUGCGGAAGCUCGCCGACCUGCUCGCCGGCAAGUUCGGCUGCGUGCGAGGCGUCCGCAAGGACAUCCUCUCCCUCCAGGCCGAGCUGACCAGCAUGCACGCCGCGCUCCAGGAGUACACGAUGCUCGAAGAUCCGGGCGUCCAGGUGAAGGCGUGGAUAUCGCUGCUCAGGGAGCUGGCAUACGAUACCGAGGAUUGCAUCGACAAGUUCAUCCGCCACCUCGGCAAAUACGGGCGCCGCGGCGGCUUCAAGGAGUUCUUCCGCAGCACCGCUCUGUUACUCAAGACGCUCGAUUCUCGCUGUGGAAUUGCCGACCAGAUCGAGGAGCUCAAGGCCCGCAUCAAGCAUGUGAAGGAGCUCAAGGAUAGUUACAAGCUGAGUGAGACUGCUUGUCGCAAGACUGAGCAUGCCGCCGUGGAUCCUCGGCUGUGUGCUCUGUUUGCGGAGGAGGCACACCUUGUGGGUGUGGAGGGUCUAAGAGAUGAUCUUGUCAAGUGGAUGUUGAAAGAAGAAGCAAACAGCUCCACCAAGGAUCCUAAGGUGUUGUCAAUUGUUGGAUUUGGUGGAUUAGGAAAGACAACACUCGCAAAUGAGGUCUAUCGCAAGAUUGAAGGGCAUUUCGAUUGCCGGGCUUUUGUAUCAGUCUCACAAAAGCCAGUUAUAAAGAAUAUUAUCAAGGAUUUGAUCUACAAAGUGCCUUGCCCUGAUGAAUUCAGAAAAGAUAUUGAAAUUUGGGACGAAGCGACAUCCAUUGCAAAGCUAAGAGAACUGCUAAAAGAUAAAAGGUAUCUUGUCGUAGUGGAUGAUAUAUGGUCUACCCAAGCAUGGAGCAAUAUCAAGUGUGCUUUUCCAGACAAUAAUUGUUCUAGCAGAAUUAUAACUACCACACGCAUUAUUGAUGUGGCAAGAUCAUGUUGUCCUGGUAGUGAUGACCGUGUCUAUGAAAUGGCAGCCCUAGGUGAUCUUCACUCCGAAAGAUUGUUUCUGAGAAGAAUUUUUGGCUCUGAGGACAACUGCCCUAAUAUGCUGAAAGAAAGUUCAAAUGAAAUCCUGAAAAAGUGUGGAGGCCUACCACUGGCAAUUGUUAGUAUAUCUAGUUUGUUAGCAAAUAGACCAGCUGUCAAGGAGGAGUGGGAGAAGAUUAGAAGAUCAAUUGGUUCUGCACUCCAAAAUAACCAGAGUUUGGAGGGAAUGAGUAAGAUACUAUUACUUAGCUACAAUGAUCUUCCACCUAAUCUCAAGACAUGUUUAUUGUAUUUGAGUGUAUUCCCCGAGGAUUAUGUGAUUGAUCGAAAAAGGUUAGUGAGGCGGUGGAUAGCGGAAGGGUUUAUCCCUGAAGAGCGUGGACAAAGCCGGCAAGAAGUCGCUGAGAGAUAUUUCUAUGAGCUUGUCAACAAAAGCAUGGUACAGCCUGAGGACGUUGGCUAUGAUGGCAAGGCUCGUGCUUGCCGAGUCCAUGACAUGAUGCUAGAAAUUAUUAUUUCAAAAUCAAAUGAAGAUAAUUUCAUCGUUGUGUUAGGUGGGGGCCAAACGAGUUUGGAAAAUCGUCAAGGUUUUAUUCGGCGGCUAUCGAUCCAGCACAUUGAUCACGAGCUUGCACAUUUACUUGCACAAGAAGAUCUAAGCCAUGUUCGUUCCCUGACAGUAACAUCUUCAGCUUGCAUCAAACACUUGCCUAGUCUUGCUAAAUUUGAAGCUCUCCGUGUAGUAGAUUUUGAAGGUUGUGAGGGUUUGGAAGAGUAUGAUAUGAAAAGUAUUGGCAAAUUGCUCCAACUAAAGUACCUAAACUUGAGAUGCACGAGCAUAUCAAAGCUACCGUCAGAGAUCAUGAUGCUACGUGACCUAGAGACCCUAGAUUUUGGGGAAACAGUGGUGGAAGACUUGCCAACUGGAUUCGCUCAGCUGACCAAACUACAACACCUAAUUGCUGGAGGUUGGACAAUUAUACCAAAGAAGAUUGGGAAUAUGAGGAACUUACGGGAGAUAUCAGGCUUUAGUAUUACCAAGAGUCCAGCAAAUGCCAUGGAGGAUCUUGGGAACCUGUCAGCUUUGGAGGAAAUUGCUAUAUAUCUCUAUGGUGGAGAAUCUGACGAUUUCAAGAGGCAUGAGGAAAUGUUACUUUCCUCACUGUGCAAGCUUGGCAGCCGCAAGCUCCGGUCUUUAAGGAUAAUAGGGGACGAUGGUUCCCUCGAGUUCUUAGGGUCUUGGUCCCCUCUGCCAAUAUGCCUUAUUGUAUUCUAUAUGGAGAUCAGCUUCUAUUUCACGAAAGUUCCAGAGUGGAUCGCUCCAGCACUCAGCAGCCUUUCUUUCCUAGACAUCAAUUUAGCUGAAUUAACAGAGGAGGGCAUGCACACUCUUGGGGAGCUCCCGGCCUUACUUUGCCUAAAACUAUGGUUCAAAAAAAGAUCUGAUGAUAGGGUUAUAGUCCGAGGAUUCCCAAUUCUGAAGCAGUUUACCAUCGAUAGUAAUUAUGCGUCAGCAAACGUUACAUUUGUCAAAGGGGCUAUGCCCAAGCUUAAGGAACUUGGUUUGCUUAUCAAUGUGUCAGUGGGAAAAACAUAUGGCUUCUAUUUAGGCAUUGAGCAUCUCACAUGUCUUAAAGAAGCAACGGCACGGCUUGACAAUAGGGGCGCUACACCUUCCGAGAGCAAGGCUGCAGAGGCUGCGAUCAGGGCUGAAGCAGGUGCACAUCCAAACCAUCCCAGAAUUACUUUUUGAUGAGAAUUAAGAUGCUCAUCUUCCGAGUGGAAUGAUCCUCAUCCCAACUGCAAGAGGAUGAUAUGCGGCUGGCUGGGUUACUUGGAGACUUGGAGUGGCAUACUGAAGGAAGGCCUGAAGCACGGUGAUGGUCACAUUCAGAAAGACGGUGAGAGUGGUCUGGUUGCUAAUUGCUACAUUGAAUUCCCAUUAUUUACUUUUCACAAUUAUCAAGACAUAAUCUCUCUGUUUGGGCAUCUGGAGUGUGGAUUAUUUCUUCUGAAUACUCUUCUAGAUAGAGAUGUAAUAUUCAUUCUGGCUUUGCUCACUCGAGAAUUAAGACCGGGGCGUCGUAUGGACAAAAUUUUCGCUGAACAUGUUUGAUUUAGUUAUCUGAAUGCGUCUACUAGCUAGAUUACCUGGUCCUUUUGUGAGCUCCUUACCUGAAGUAGUGUACAUGUAUUAUUUUUCUGGAUUUGAUUACAACACACAGCGCAUCUAUUAGAUGCACAUGGUGAGCUGAAGGAGGCUUGAAAUGCGCAUCUCUUAAGACCAAGACAUGAAAAACGAAGUUCAAACAUGGGACACCUCCAAAAACGCUGUGUUUGAAUGCUUCCUUUAAUGAGUAGCACAUGAGAUCUGAUCUGCAUUCGGGAUUAUGGAUUAUUUUUCCCGAGCAUUUUUUACUGUCUUUCAGCUGUUUAAUUAGUUUGGUAUGACCUAACAUCUAUUUUAGUCGGGAAUGUUUGUGCUGAAUACUUCCUGAGGUAAAUGUCGUACUGAUUCCCAGUACCUUGAUUGGUCUCAGUGGCUGGAUAAGUAAAUGGACGCCUAUAGCUGCUGUAUCGUCGUUGCUUAUGCCUCUACAUCGCAUAAAAGAAAACUGGGUCUGGGCUUCCAUUUGUUCCAA